UAUAUAUGUGUGUAUAUAUGUAUAUGUAUAUUAUAUGCACACACAAAAAAUCAUGUCCCCUAUUUAAGUGCCUUUUGAGAAGUUUCCUGUAGAUUGCAGGAGGUGGUUGAUGACAAACGCACUGCACACAAGACACACAGAGGCACGUUUUCCUUACAUCGCAGCUCACGGCGACAUUUCUUUGACUUUACUAUAACAUAUAACAAAAGAAACGCAUGAUUACUCCACAAACUGGCAAUAACUUUAGCAGGACCCCUAUCUUUGUGCACAGUGACCACAUCAUAACACGUAAUUACACGCGUGUGUACACUUCCUAAGUGAAUGUAUAUUAUAUAGAAAGCAAAUGUGUCAAAAGACAAUCUCUCUGGUGCCUGAUUUUAGUGUGUGUGUGUGUGUGUGUGUCUGACUGAGAGAGUGAAGAUGAAGCGCCCUGGUGAUGAAAAAGGGCCUGAAAUCACAAAAAUAACCUCAACUUGAAUCUUGAGCCCCUGAGGGGAAUAUCAUCACAUUCUGUCACAUUUUGACUCAACAGACUUGUGGUGUGCCAUUCAUAUUGUACUUUAUAUGGUGUUUUUAUUUCAGCAAGUUGCUUCUCUUCUGUUGUUUUCCUCUUGUGUUCUCUUUGCUUUGAUGAAUGUAUUAGUGUUGCUGUACAGUAGCAGUUUUAAAUUUAGCUUAAUGAGAGCAAAAGCGGUUUUAUGAUUUUUAUUAGGGUCAAUUUCACUGUAUAUAAGUAAAAAUGUGGCUGAGAUUAAACAAUUUGCACUUUUAGGUUUUGGUGUGUUGUGUUUGUGUUUGGUUAGGAGUGGCUGACGCCUCCUGUGACAAAGAGAUGAAACAGUUGCUGUUGCUUUGUGCUCUGUAUUCAAACGUGCUGUCGAGUUUCUCACACAGAGAAUGAGAUGAGCUCUUACUCGUCAGCGGUCGUCCUGGAGAGAAGGCAGAUGAUUGUCAUCACUGUGAUGUGAAGGAUUAAAGGUGGAUGUAGAGAAAAUGAAGCUGGCCACAUGGAGCGACUGCCUCUGCUUCAAACUAUAAGGUAAAUAAUUGAAUGAAGCGAUAAUUGAAGCAUAGUUGAAUUGGGCUCUAGUUUAGCUGCCCUGAUCUUAGAGCAGAGCUGACUCACGAUAACCUUUGAUUUAAUGCAAGAGAUCACUGUUUUAAUGCAUGACUUAUUAAGUGGAGCUAUUGGGUGUACUUUUCGUGAAUCAAGGACCACGUUUAUAAUGACUCAAUGUUAAAGGUGCUUCAUAUAACCAUUUUUAGUAAUAUAUUGUGUAAUAUUUUCUUAAUAUUGGAACACUAAAAUAAGCUUAACACACUCAUGUGUAGCUUUUUUAUUCCAUUUUUGUCUUAAUUCAUAUUCAUCCAAAAAAAUUUAAUUACUUAUAAGGCACUUCUCACACUGCUGGGAAUACAAUUCUGUGGAGAAAUGAGUUUAAGUCCCUAAUUAUUGCAUUGGUCUAAAAAUGCGUCACUGCAGAACCAGUUUUCCAGGACAUGACUCUAGUGUUCAGAAUUGCUAUUGCUGCUGGAAUAUCUAAAUUAAUGAGCGCAAUCAUUUAAUCAUGUAAUAUUAAAAGGUGAGUUUUCUCACUGUGUCUUGUUUAAAUUUCUUUAAAAAAAAGUUUUAUUUAUAUUCAUAUCAGGUCUUUGGGAUUACAACAAAAACAGUAUAAUGUGAAUAUUCUACAGGAAAUUAGCUCAAAUUGUAUAGUUUUAGAAAACGUCUAGUCGAACAAACUACAUGUCACAAUUAUACAUGCUAUCAUUAAUAGUGGUCAGAUCUGAUCCACCACAUUUAGGUGGAAACAUAUUGCAAACACACAAAAACCCCCUCAGACUCUAUAUGACAUGACAUCUGUGUUCAUUGUGACCUAUAAAGAGGCUCCAGCCAUAGAUAUGCCUUUACCUCCACCCCUGAGACUGUGGGUGGUGGUGGUAGUGGUGGUGUUGGUGGUCACAGUGGUGGUCAAACCCUCUGGAGCCUUGCAGAGGUGCAUCUUUGAUGAGGUUCAGGCUCAGGUCAGGGUGGUCAGAGCUGCCCCAAACCACACAGACAACCUGACCAACGAACCUGGACUCAGACUCUCGGCUGGGGAAGAGCACCCGCUCACUGCUGGGCAACGAACCAGUAACCAAGGAGGGAGGACAGGUGUCUCAGUUAAACAGAGACACCUGAGUACCCGCAGAGAGAUGACCUCAUCCCCCGCUGCCUCGCCACAGCCAAUCAGGAUCCACACCUGGAUCCCAAGAGAGAGCGACAACAUAACGGACGCUGAGAGAAGUCGACUGACAUCAGCUGUGGAGGAGGCUGUGAAGAAGGUGUCCUCUUUACUGUCGGUGAACAGUAUUCUGGGUCCUUUGCUGCUCAGUAGAGACGUCAACAAAUACUGCAAGUUUGUCUGGAGCAAUUCAAGAAAUGCCAACUACAACAGGUGUGGCCGAGCCAACAUGAACUACAGGAACGAGACGUGUCUGGAUGUGAUAAUUCCAGAUGAUCACCUGACUGGCUGUGAUAUUUACCCAGAGCCGGAUUCACCUGGCAGGACUGUUCUCAGAGCUGAAGGAGCUGGAAUCCCUGACACCGACUUUCUGCUCUAUCUCCACAUCCGCUCCACUGACAAGUGUAGAGCACAGCCACAUGUGUUGGCCUAUGCUGUCCACUGCCAGACUGACACCCAUGGGCGACCAGUGGCAGGGUUGGUGGUCAUCUGCAGGCACAAACUGAGAGAAGCUGCAUACAACCACCAGACUACAGUCCAGACUGUGAUUCAUGAGCUUUUUCAUGCACUUGGAUUCUCUAAAGAUCUCUUCCACACAUGGAGAGACUGUUCAUCCACUACCCAAGGGGGAGCUGGAUGUUCACCUCUGGGGAAACUGGUUCACUCUGAUGGAUCAGGCCAGAUGAGGAUUUACAGCCAGUCUGUCAUCUCUGCCCUGCAGGAACACCUGGCAUCAGCUGACCCUGAGCUCGGAGGACCGUUGGAGAACCUGCAUGUGGCAGCAGGCCGAGUGUCCUCUCACUGGGAGUCCCGGGUGCUGCGUGGGUCCAUUAUGACUGCAGUGCUGGAGGACUCGACCACAGUCCGGAUCGACCCGGUCACUUUAGCUGCAUUACAGGACACAGGCUGGUACACAGUGAACCUGAGCCAGGCACAGAGUCUGGUCUGGGGCCAAGGUGACGGAGCCACAUUUGGCUCCCUGUCAAACUGCAAAGACAACUCCUCAUCCUUUUUCUGCACUGGCAGUGAACUUGGGUGUCAUUUUCUUCACCUCCAUAAGGGGGAGUGUCAGACUGAUCCAUACCUGGAGGGAUGUAGAGUUUUUAAGCCUCUGAAGAAUGCAAGUGAAUGUUGGAAGGGGGAAAACACUCGUCAGUCAACUGUGGAGGAGAGGAGUGGAGAGAUUUGGGGCUUUGAAAGCCGCUGCUUCUUCUCCAACCUGACCAGACAGAGACAGCUGCCAGUGUUAAGCAGCCCCCUGGAGGGCCGCUGUUACAGACACAGGUGUACUGCACCAAACAGGUAUCGAAUCCAAGUUUCUGGCUCUGACUGGAUGGACUGUCCAGCAGGGGGCACAAUUCAGAUAAAAGGGUUCCAGGGUUUAGUUUCCUGUCCACAGAGGAGGUUAUGUCUGUACCCUGACAUUACUCCUCCCCCAGGUGAUGUCAAUCCUGCUUCUCACACCAGCAACCCUUAUGAGAUGUUCGCCUCUGUGCCAGUGCUGGCCUUCGCUGCUGCUGCUGCUGCUGUGUGUCUCCUGGCUGUGUCCUACAGGAAAUGUCGCUCAUGCAGGGACAGGAUCCACACUGUCCCAGAAGAUCACAGUCACCCCUAAAAACAUCCACCACAGAGAGACUUGAAUAAAGUAACUGUAAGUUUUUUGUUUUUUUCUCCCCUCACUAACAUGAUAUAAGAUGCUUUAUAUUUUUGAUGUAAAACAAAAUGAAUAAGAACAAUAAUGAAUACUAACUCAACAUUCCCAACUAAUUAAAUCACAGACACAAUCCAUGUUUAAUUACAAUUUUUAUUAAUACAAAGGCAGUGAGGUUUUUAUAUUGGAAAAUAAUAGUGUUAGAUUCUGGUAUGGCUUCA